AGCUUCUUCCCCUCGGCCGUCACACUGUUGAAUUUGUGGUCAGCCCUUGUAGUUUGUGGUUUUUUAUUUUAUUUUAUUUUGUUGACAGCGCUUUAUUCCGAAGCACUUUCCUAGUUACUGGGAUCCCCAUUGACCACGGCCGGUGUAAGUCAACUCAGCCACGCUUUCCGGUUUCCUUCAGAAUAAAGGAGCAGCGCGCACGCUUCGCUGACGUCUCCGCGAAACAGAGGCCGCUCCUUCAGAUUCAUUCACGAGCGGGAUUCUUAAUCCAGUCGGUUACCUGAGAAGCGCCCCCCAUCACCUAAACAUCGGCCGGCCCCACAGUUUCAAGUUUGUACCACCUGAGUUGCCGUCGUCAGAUCCAUAAGAGGUAGUUGUGCGCAUGCGUGCAACUUCAGUUUUCAGACAAAGCGCGCUCGGAUUUUAAUCUCUCCCGAAAUUAAAUGUUCAUGGACCAAGAGGCGGGAAUCACCGAGGUAACGUAUUCCGUCGGUUUGAUGACGCGGCGUAACACUGACAUCUCCGUGGUCAGACUGGUCAUCUCUGACGAGUCGAAGGUCAAAGGUUGACUUCAAAGUAUGUUGCGAUCCGACUGUCUUGAGCCUCAACUCUCAUGGAAGGUCGGUGCGGUUGCUGUUGGUCACUGGUCAUCACAUUAAACUGCAUUUGUGGGUCACAUCCGCAGUUAGUGACGAGAGGCCGCUCGAUGCCUCUUGCGCUCAAACACUGAAGACCACGCGUUUCAUCUCUUUCUCGCCGUCGCCCACACGCGCACACGUUUGUAUUCCAUCCUUGUGGGGACAUUGUGAGGUUUCUCAUGGCCAUAACCCUUUACCCAGCCUCUCCUUAAACCUAACCAUCCAAAACACAUGGCUAAUCUUAACCAGGACUCUCAAUAUCUAUCUGAAGCAAGUAUAAUGACCCAGUUAUUUUGAAGUCAUCAUCCACAAAUUGAGGCUUCACCUCGUGGGGUCGAGCCAGAUUUCCCCGCAAUGUGUUUUGGACCGGUCCCCACAAAAUGGUCAUGGAGCCCCGCCCCCUCCAGUCUCUGCCAAUCAAAGCGUUGCUCUCGGAGCUGACCCAACAGCUGGGCACCACGGCCUCCACCUCUGCCAUCGGACAAGUGGAACUGCUGUUUCAGUCUGCAGACUGUCAGUGGCUCCCCGAUCAGGAGCAGUGGGUGGAACUUCAGAAGGAAUACAGGGGUUUGGUCUGUGCUCUGAUCAGCUGUGCUGAUCUGCCGCCCUCCGAGGACGGCGGCGCCCCCUUGAGCACCUCAGACUACCAGCACGUCCCUGUGCUCGCUACAGGCGUGUGUCGCGCCCUGCGAGCGCUCCUGCAACCUUUGUGUGGCCAUGAGGGGGGCGGCGCCAGAUCACUGUUCCGAGCACUGGCGCCAUACGUGUGUGUGUUUGCUGUCACACACUUUCAGGAGCAGCUCUGGACCUCUUCCUCCUCCAGAGAGGCGGCCCGUCUCCUGCUGGGGGCGCUCUUGAAGACAGGAAACUGGAGAGACUCCGCCCACAUGUUGAUGGGGGACACCGAAGAUGAAGGACUUGUUGGAGCAGUUCUGGAUAUCCUGCAGCCUCGACUGACCAGAGAGAGCUGGCAGUGCUGUGAGGCUGCAAAGCUGGUCUUCGUCUGGACGCUCCUUCAGUUAACACGGCCCUUCGUCUCCCCUCACCUGGCUCGCCUCCUCGGCCCCUCCCUCCUCAUGAAUGACCACCACAGACCAGAGAACUGCAUGCUGGGAGUUCGCUGUCUUCAUCACGUUGUGCUCAAUACGCCUGCUGCAGAUCUGCGUCAGUUCAACCAAGCAGAAGUGGUUUAUCAGGCUUUGUUCAGGCACCUGUAUACUUCCGAAGCUGCUGUCAUCCAGUUGGUCUUGCAGUGUCUUCUCGACCUGCUGCUGAUCCUGGAGCGCCCCCCCUCCUCGCUUGCGAGUACACGCAGGAAACUGUGUCGCCAUGACGAUGUGCUGCGCCUGGUUCUGACCCACAUGGAGGCAGAACACAAGGUGGCACUGCGCCGCGUCUAUGCUGCGGCCCUGCCCGGGCUCCUGGUCCGCAUGGGCCUGACUGUGUGUCGACACUUGCGGCGGCUGGAGCGUGUUCUGCUAGCAUACUUGGAGGUACCUGAUCCACCAGAGGAGAUUGGACGGCUGAAGGUGCUGGAGGCACUGGAGACCACCAUCAGAGUGGCAUGGCCACGGUGGGAGGGACGCACCGGUGUGUUUGUGCGCUCGCUGCUGCGUCUGCUCGUUGAUGUCUCGUCGGACGAGCAACUGACUGACUCCACCAAACUGCAACUGAGGACUCGAACGGUCGCCUGCCUGAAGCUGCUGGACGUCUGCGCGCAGGGACGAGUCCAGUGUCUCCUCCUGCAGGUCGACAGCACCUGCUGCAGCUCAAAGCUACUGGAUUGCUUACCAACAGUGUGGAGCGAUGAGAGGGAUUGACAGGUAGAGAGAAGCUGUGUUGAUGUCAGCUUCAGGAACUGUUUGUGUAUUUAUUUAAC